CGGGAAGCUGUUAUUGGUUGUGCAGUCAGCAAUCUCGGAAAACAUAAAGUGGGUUGGCUCCGUGCGGAGGACCAGACGGUUCUAACAAUGCACGACCGAGCGGUCCUCGGGGCGCGGUACUCAGUGAACAUGGACGCUCCGCACACGUGGCAACUACGUAUAAGACCACUAAGAGCUGAGGACCGUGGCUGCUACAUGUGUCAGAUCAACACACAGCCGACAAUGAUCUGGCAGAUUGGAUGUAUAGAUGUAUUCGUUCCUCCGGAUAUAAUAAGCGAUGACACAUCGUCAGACGUAUCGGUACAAGAGUUAGAAAACGCUACACUGACUUGCAAAGCAACUGGUCAUCCGCCCCCGAAGAUCACCUGGAGGAGAGAAGACCAUGAACCGAUCCUGCUCAAGAAACCACAAACUAGAGAAUUCGAAAAGGUGGAAAGUUACGUGGGCAGUUCGCUGCCUUUGUUGCGAGUUGACAGACGACAAAUGGGCACCUUCCUCUGCAUCGCCUCAAACGACGUCCCCCCCGCUGUCAGCAAGAGGAUAACCUUACUUGUUAAUUUUGCACCAACGGUAAAGGUUCCAAAUCAGUUGCUUGGCGCGCCGCUGGGCACUGAUGUCAAACUCAAGUGCUACGUGGAAGCCUAUCCUAACACUAUCAACUAUUGGAUUAAGAACAGAGGAGAGAUGCUUUUAGAUGGUCCAAAGUAUACGAUAAGGGAAGAGAAGACAUCGUACAAAGUAUCGAUGUGGCUCACAAUAAAACAGUUUUCAAAAAGUGACAUCGGUACAUACAACUGUAUUAGUACUAACUCGUUAGGGAAAAGCGAAGGAACACUCCGUUUAUACGAAAUAAAACUGAAUUCUCCGUCUGAAGAUUUUAAUAACCAGAUUAGCGUUGCUGGAGGUCUAACUGAAGUUGCAAAAGCGAUGUCCGAAGAUCAACAAAAUAAUCCGUUAUUAACAAUAUGCUGUUUAUUAUUGUCAAACAUGUUUAUUUAGAUUUAAAAAUGAAAUUCCAAUUGUAAAUAGAUGAUUUAUGCUUUACAGUAAUACGAUUACAAAAAAUGUUUUGUAAAUAAUUGUUAAUACGACAAACAAUACAACGAUUAUUAUGUUUUAAACGCGUG